AUGGCUUGGAGAUUUAAGGCUUCCAAGUAUAAAAAUGCAACUCCAAUUGUCCCGAAGCCUGAGGCAUGUAUUAGGGACAUUUGCGUGGGUUCAUAUCAAACUUAUGGCAACAAUAUUGCGGCUUCUGCUGCCUUUAUGGCAUUUAAUGUCGAUCAUAAUGGAUCGAGUUUGGCGGUUUUACCAUUGGAAGAUUGCGGUAGAAAAAGCAAAACAAUGCCACUACUGCACGCUCACGCGGAUACAGUAACAGAUAUGGAUUUUUCACCGUUUCAUGACGGACUAUUGGCAACUGGAUCGCAAGAUUGUCUGGUUAAAUUAUGGCACAUUCCAGAAGCCGGGUUAGAAGAGUCACUGUGCAAUCCUGAGUGCACGUUUUCACACCGGCAAAGACGAGUUGAAGUUGUUCGCUGGCAUCCUACCGCAGAGCAUUUACUGACAACAGUAUCUUACACAAAUUUAUCACUGUGGGACGUUAUUUCCCAGCAGGAAUUAUUCUCAAACAAUGAGCACGCUGAUGUAAUACAGUCGCUGAGCUGGAAGUACGACGGAAGUCUAUUGGCAACGUCUUGCAAAGACAAACAAGUCCGGAUAAUCGAUCCACGGGCUAGUAAAUCCAUUGUCCAGAUGUCCUCGAGUCACCAGAGCAUCAAGGACUCAAGAAUUGUCUGGCUCGGAAACGGUGACCGGCUUCUGACAACGGGAUUUGAUGCCGCGAGACUCAGACAAGUCUUCAUACGCGACUUGAGGAAUUUAAAUGACCCGGUUAAGACUCUGGAGCUGGACUGCAGCACUGGAAUUCUCAUGCCGCUGUUCGACCCCGAUACCAACAUGCUUUUCUUAGCCGGCAAGGGCGAUACGACCAUAAUGUACUUGGAGGUCACCGACAAGGAUCCAUUUUUGGUGGAAGGAAUACGACACAGCGGGGAACAGACCAAGGGAGUUUGUUUAGUUCCCAAGCGGGCUUUGAACGUUAUGCAAGCUGAAGUCAAUCGAGUGCUUCAACUCACUUCCAAUAUGGUUAUUCCUAUUAUGUAUCAAGUGCCGCGUAAGACAUACAGAGAUUUUCAUGGUGACAUAUAUCCUGAUACCGCUGGUUGUAUGGCUCAAAAUACCGCUGAGGCUUGGAUUAAAGGUCACAAUGCUCCAGUUCCUAAAAUAUCUUUAGAUCCAGCAAAACGCGCCAAAGGAGAAGAACCAAUAAUGGAUAACAAAGAGAAAGAUAAGGAUAAGGAUAAGGAUAAUAAGGAAAAAGAUAAAGAUAAGGAUAAGGAUAAUAAGAUAGAGUACGAGUUGGAGCGAAUCGAGCAGCAACCUGUCAGAUCAGAUACCGAUGAAGAUUUAAAAGGAAAGAUACAAAAUGGACAAUCAGUGCCUCCAAAGCCGCUUCCCAGAUCCUCUCGCGCCAAUAGUAUUUCCGAGGAAGAACCUAAGCCUGUUGCUCGUCCUAGAACUUCACCGAGUACCGGCUCUGUUGUCACGUCCCCAAGACUGGGACCAAAACCAUUCCAAGCAAAAUCAGGUAGCCAGGAAUUUUCAUUCGACAAGGUAUUCUCAGUUCCGGUAGCACCAAGUACCGAUAGUAACGGCUACACCACAGGAGAUACAAACGCUUGUUCCGACACAAAUGUGAUCACAGACUCCGAUAAGUCACCGACUUAUGACAAUGAGCGAAUCAAGGAAGCAGAGAAUGGGAAAAGUGAUUCGAGCAGUAUGGAAGAAGACGCAAACUCAAGCGACUCUGGGUACAAACCCAAGACACCGAGUACCGCUGAGCGACGUAAAUUAUUUGAGAUAAAAGUCAAAGACGAGUCACCGGAGAACGAAGAGCCGGGGAAUCUUGAGCGUGGAGGUGCCAAUCGGAAUUCAAUCGCUGAAAGACGGAGGCUUUAUGAAAGCAGGUCGGUCUCAGUGACCGACGGGAACCUCGCCGAGAAGGCGAUGGGCUCUCCUACGGCUCUCCGGAGGAGAGACUCAUUCAAGACCAAGAGCGAAGUAAUCAAAGAAGACGAUGUCAAAAAAAUAGUGCCGAUGUUGAGGCAGCAGAGUAUGGAUCCACGUUUGGAAAAGCCAGAACCUAUCUCAACGCCAACUCCCAAGAGAAUAUCAACAGUAUUUGGUCGUGUCUCCAAGUUCAGACACUUAAAAGGCACACCGGGUCAUAAAUCGACGCACAUUGAGAACAUUCGCAACAUCAGUCGACAGAUUUCUGGUGAAUGCGACGGAUUUCAUGCCAACUCUGACCGCGUUGCCGUUCCUUUAAGCGGUCCGGGAGGAAAAAUAGCAGUGUUGGAGCUUAAAAAAACUGGAAGACUUCCAGAUGGCGUGAUGCCAGCUCUGGUGCAUGGCGCGAGCAUAAUGGAUUUCCAGUGGGACCCAUUUGAUAAUCAGAGACUCGCUGUUGCUUGCGACGACGGCAUUAUCAGAUUGUGGGAGAUCCCAGUCGGUGGAUUGAUCGAGCCGACAAAUGAACCUAAAUUCACAAUUGAAGCGCAUUCAGACAAAAUUUAUCUUAUUAAAUUCCACCCACUGGCUGCAGACGUUCUAACAUCGGCUUCUUAUGACACAACUGUAAAAAUUUGGGACCUAGCACCCUUAAACUCAGGCACGGGCUCGGCAAUCGCAAAGAUAACAUUAACUGGACACACAGAUCAGAUUUUCAGUCUCGCGUGGUCACCUUGUGGACAGUAUCUCGCGACAGCUUGCAAGGACGGAAAGCUCAGGGUCUACAAACCGCGAGCUAGUGAGACUGCGAUAAAUGAAGGCAAAGGACCCGUUGGUACGCGAGGUGCUAGAGUUAUUUGGGCUCUAGAUGGCCGCUAUCUUGUUGUCAUGGGCUUUGAUAAAGUAUCUGAGCGUCAGAUUAUUAUUUUUAAAGCGGAUAAAUUAAACUCUCCGCUGAACACUGUCGGGCUGGAUGUCUCACCGGCUAUUUUGAUGCCGUUCUAUGAUGAAGAUAGUUCAACUUUGUUCCUCACAGGCCGUGGAGACUCGACGAUUUAUACCUAUGAAAUCACUGAAGAAGCUCCCUACUGCUGCCCUCUGAGCCAUCAUCGCUGCGCUAGUCUACAUCAAGGCCUUUCAUUUCUUCCGAAGAAUAAGUGUGACAUUGCGAGUGUUGAGUUUGCAUCUGCGCUCAGACUCACGAAUAAUACUAUAGAGCCUUUGAGCUUCACUGUACCACGGAUAAAGAGCGAACUCUUCCAAGAUGAUCUCUUCCCGCCGACUAGGGUCACUUGGACACCCACUCUCUCUUCUGCUGAGUGGUUCAGUGGCAUCCAAAAAAACAUGAGCAACAUGGUCGGUGACAUGAUUCAGUGUUCGCUGGAGCAAGAUCACAUGGAGGGCGUUGACGAGCACGAAUGGGUACGUACUCGCUUCAUGCAUUCUUCAUGUCUGCUAGAGAUAUUAAAUACUCCGCCAUCGUUUGGCUCUAUUGAGUCCAAGUAUUCAAUUACGAGCCUAUCCAUGACCACAUUUAAGUCUACCGUACAUAGUGAUGAUGAUGAUGAUGAUGAUGAUAUGCAAUAUUUUACACUACUACAAAAGAACCAUAUCGAUUUGAGUCUUUAA